CAAAGAGACUCGAAGAUCCUUAGGCCCAAUAUCUAAAAACCAAAAAUUUGUUGUUCAAAAUUCCCGGGACCGAGAGGGAGAGACAGAUCGGCACGGCUCGGCUCCAGGAGGUUUACUCGGCGGCUUCGCUCCAGGAGGUGUACUCGGCUCCGGCCAAUACACCUUUGGGUGCCUUUUGUGGGAGUUGCUCUGUUAUGGGUGAGUUUUCAAUUCAGAUUAGCAGCGACCUUCUUAAUCGGCUUUCUGAUGACACCGAAAAGUUCAAGAAGAAAACUAAAAAAUCUAAAGCCAAGGUACCACGAGAGCCUAGACAGCCCUCAGCUAAGGUAAAUCAGAAGCAGAUUUCUGAUGAAUCUGAAACAUUUAUGGGGGCUGCUACUACAGGAUGGCCACUGCAGUCUCCUUUAUUUGUACCUGUAAAUACCCCUGCACAAUCUGCCUACACAGAGUUGGAUGCUAUUCGAUCUGUCCUUCAAGAUGGUGAGAGGGUUCUGGACAGGUUACAGAAGGAGGAAAAUAUGGCACAGGAAGUAACACAAAGAGCAAAGGAUCUCCGAGAUAAGGAGUUCAACCUUCCAUACCAGAAGCCUAUGCCUUGCUUGGCUGAGAAUAAUGCUUGGUUGGAAUGCUACAAUAAACAUGCAAAAGACAUCCUGAAAUGUUCUCCUCUAGUUAAAAGCUUCGAAGAUUGUAUUCGCCAAGCUAGGUAGAAUGUGAGUUCAGCAGAGAAGUAGACAUUCCUAGAAGAAAUUUUUCUGGUCACAUACAUGAGUGCAAGCUAAUGUCCGGUUUAAGUGACCUAGAUUUUUGUGGUACAAAUAAUUACACUCAUUGAUAUCUCCAUUAAUGGAUUGCAUGGUUUUUCUUUAUUAAAGAGUCAUUAACAAUUUUGUUAAA